CUUUGUUUACCCAGCUGAUGCAUGAAACAGUGAAAAGUAUUUGGAACAGUAAAAUAGUAGAAAAUUGGCCCCAAAAAGAGUUCGAAAAAACAAAAUGGCUGAUGCAGCUUAUAGCAGGCUAGUCGAAGGAGAGGAGAUUAUUAUUGGUGCUGAAGAAACUAGCAACAAUAUUAAUGGAGGUUAUGUUAGCAAGAAGAGUGAGAGACCAAAAGAGCCAUGGAAAGGGGAGUAUGCUAAAAGCAUUUUGUAUGCCGGUCUUGAUGCCAUUGUCACUUGCUUCUCUCUCAUUUCCUCUAUCUCUGCUAGUCGUAUUUCCUCUGUGGAUGUAUUGGUGCUUGGAUUUGCAAACCUGGUGGCAGAUGGGAUAUCAAUGGGGUUUGGAGAUUUUAUGUCCAGCAGCAGUGAAAAGGCUGUCGCCGCCAAAGAACGGGCGGUGACCGAAUGGGAUGUCGCUAAUCACAGUGGCCCUGAGGAGCUGGUGGAGUUGCUUCGGAGAUAUCAAGCACUUGGGAUGGAUAUUAACGACGCGACUACGGUUGUGAGCAUUUUUGCCAAAUACAAUAACAUCUUGGUGCAUGAGAAAAUGAUGGCUCAUGGAAUGCUGCCGCCCGAUGAAGCAGAAAAGCCAUGGAAGAAUGGCCUGGUCACAUUUGCAGCCUUCCUUGUGUUUGGCAGUGCUCCUCUCCUCUCCUUCAUCAUCCUCAUCCCAUUUACGAACGACGACUCGGUUAAGUUUGUUGGUGCUUGUAUCUUGUCUGCGCUUGCCCUAGCUCUUCUCGGGGCUGCAAAGGCCAAGAUUGCAGGCCAGAACUACGCAUUUUCUGUGGCUGUUACUCUCUUCAAUGGUGCCAUUGCUGCAGCUGCUGCUUAUGCCUUGGGGUGGGCACUUAAGAAUAUAGCUGGCCUAGAAAACUGAAGACAACAUGCAAGAAAAAGAGUAGACAGCCUAAUUUCAAAAAAUUUCGAGGCCUUGUGUGCCUAGGAAUGUUUUUGUAUGCUACACCCCAUAUUUGGGUAUAUGCAGAAGUUAUGGGCUGUGAACAACGUGGCCUACAAUUUUCCUUUUCCU